UAAGAUGAGAACAAACAAACACUAGAAACAGGAAGCUUUCACUGAAAAAAAAAAAAGUACAGACCCCGUGUUAAAGAGAGAAGUUAUUCCACUCGUAGGUUUCAUUCAGCUUCAAUAUUUACCUCAGUAAUGGAGCGCAUUCUGUUUCUGGCUCUUCUUUCAGGCAUCCAGGGAAAAGACAUCUGGGGUCCCGCGGUCGUCACGGGCCGCGAGGGCGAGUCUCUGUCUUUCUGCUGCGGGUACGACGAAGUCUACGCCCGCAGGGAUAAGUACUGGUGCCGAGGGGAGAGCUUUAGUUCGUGCCACAUCGUGGUGAGGAGCUUAGGCCCGCAAAGUGGACGCACCUCUCUCGAGGACCGCAGCGAUAGCAGAGAGUUUUGCGUCACCAUAAAAGACCUCACAGUGCAGGACAGUGGGGCGUACUGGUGUGCCAUCGACAUAUGGGGACCUGACAGUCACAUGGCUGUUGCUCUCAGCAUCGAUGCAGUGAGACCAGUGACCCCAUCGAAACCAAGCACAGCGAACUCCACGACUAAACCAGCGACUACAAUCUCACCCAGCCCCUCUACGGGCCCCCCUACGGCGACUAGCGCGGCGACUCUGGAGCCCCCAACCACCCCGCCGUCACGGAGAAACGAAACCGGCUCAAAGAGGCCAGAGAAGCCCGGCACAUUAACCAUCCUGGUCAUUUCUACAGGUCUCCUGCUCCUCUUCCUGUGUCAGGCCUGCGUCAUGGCCACCGUCUGGAGACGUACUGGAAUCAUUUGCCGAGGCCACCGAGAUGCAGUACGCUGAGGUAACUGUCAAUACGAGAAGUCAGCCCCUGAGUGACUUCGUCACAUGUGGCAAUUUGUAUUUUCAUACAAUUGCUGAAGAUCGGUCACCAGAGGGCAGUGUUGAGUACGCUGCGGUCAAACGCUGAAGAAUCUGCGGUAUAUGUGGAAGAGGAAGAGUGCAAGAGAAUCUUGAAAAAUCUUCUCCAGCGCUGAAAAGAUGCUUCAUUGUCUCUAAAAGAGGGAGUGAUGUUCUUCAAGCAUAAAUGUGUGGCAUUUAAAAAAUGUAUGUAACCUUUAUUUUCUGUAAGAAAAAAAAAAGUGAUGUGAUCUUUCAAAUGUAUUUUUUAUAUUUGUAAAAUAUGUAUUCUGUAUUAUACAGCCCCGAGGACUGAAGGCACAGGUGCUGAUAUCUGAUAUUUAUUUUUAUUAAGAUGGGGGGCCUCAUUCACCAAGUACAGUUGAUUAGAGUCCAGUCUAAUAAACUUUUGAAUGUUUCUCUUAAAGCAGGUGUGAUCAGCUUUGGCACAGUGCCAAUUUGACGGGACUUUGGGCGUGUUUUUGAGUUUCUUUAGAAAUGAAGUCACACAACGGUUCUGCCAGCCCUUCCUUCGUUUUUCCUGUUCUUUUUUCUUUUUUACUUUUUUGUCUUAAUGUCUAAGAUUCUGUCUCAGUUGUUUCAAAACC